UGUGUGUGUGUGCGGGGGGCCUCGGCGAUAGAGAGCUGUACAGUUAGCCUCCUCACCGCCAACAAAGUUAACACCGCGCGGAAGUUCGUUCGCAUCAACGGUGGCGCUUUGGAUUCUUUUGGAACAAUGACGCAGACACAAAUUGGAGCGAGCACUCGCUGUUAAUCACCGCGUGUUAAUUGGGAAGCUAGCUAGCGGCUAAGUGGCUAGCUCGCGUGCCGCUUCACUUCCUUGUUGCGCCUCUGAGCGCUAAUGGCAGGCGAGAAGUUUUGAACUUUUAACACUUCACCCGUGGAUGGAUUCACUCUCCCGCGCAACUUCCACGCGGCGAGGCAGCUGGACGAUACGCCCGGGAGGUCCCAAGGCUUCUAACUUUUCCCCACGGAUUGGAAUGCGAUGUGUCGCUGUGCACCAUUAGCCGCCGGGGGCUAGCUUGCUAGCAAGUGCUAGCAGAUCUAUAUUAUGUAUCUAAUGGAGUCCUGUGUUUUAUCUUGGACUGGUAACUAAAUAUCGAAUUGUGCGUUUUAUGGGAGAAUUGCUUCUUUACUUUGACCAAAACUUCAGUCCAGCUAUCUAGCUAUCUUUGUGAUGCUAACGGUAAGCUAGCGUUCAAAUGUGAAUGGGGGUUCAGUAUGCUAACUAGCCCAAUGUGCUGUUCCACUGCACAUCAAGGGACAUAGUUAAGAUAGUGUACAGUUUAAAGAUCAUUCUAAUCAGGUGUACGGCUUUAUUGUGGGGUUAAAUGCCUAAUUCGGAUGUGCUUAGGGAUGGCCGGGCCCGUAGUCCCUCCACACAGAGAAGCGCAAACAAGCAGGGCAGACGUAAUGCUAGUAAGCCGGGCGCCAGUGCCGCUCAGCGGGACAGACACCGUGACAAGAGACGGCCCUCCGCCUCCAGGAGGAAGAAACGCAGGCAGGCCAAAGAGAGAAACUUGUGGCCUAUGGGUGCAGCUGAAGGUUCUGUCAAUGACCGACAUGGCACUUUCGGCAAAGAGACUGAACUUCGGACACUGGUAGAGUACGAUGACGUCAGCUCCCAGUCAGAGCGCUUCUCGGGGAGCCCCUCGCCCAAACUGGACCACCGCGUCGACGGGUUCCCCGUGGACCCGCCCGGUGACUUCGGGGAAUAUAACGGACCGGAAUCUCUGCACAGAAGUCACCCGAGAAACCGGGAGGCUGUUUUCCUCCUCAAAGACCCCAGAGGACCGUCGCAAAAGAGCAAGCCGGGCAAGGAGUUAGGCCGGAAAAAGGACCACCAGACUCGAGAAAGAGACUCCAAAGUUCCCAGCUUGGUUAGCCCGAGUGGCUCUAAAAACCACAGAAAUGCCGUGAGGAGUAAUAACAAAAACGGCAAAAGGGCGUCUGCGAGUCAGUCCUCGCUGUCUGUGAAUAAACGAGAUUCCAAAAAGCAGCGGGGUAAAACGAGAUCGGACAAAGAGACGCCGUCUGCGUACAGAGAAGCUCCUCAGUCUUACAGGGAAGACCGUGAAGACCUCCGGAGCUACAGGAGGAGUCCAGGCUUCAAAGCAGAGAGUCCCUAUGGGACGUCCCUCAACUCCUACAGCUACCAGUCUCCAGUAGGCUACAACCAGACGAUAUCAAGAAGAAGUCCCACUUACGGAAGCAAAAGACUUUCUCCCACAUCCACCUAUUACGGCAGAGACGUGGAGGUGUACGGAGCGUUCGGCGUGCCCAAAUCGCCCAGCUCCUACUCUGGCAACAAGAGGAAACGGUCUCCCACGACUGCGGCAAACUGGCGCAAGUCGCCGAGUUAUGGCCGCCGCAGUCCGUUCGAGCCGGGAGAGUUUGGUGCGAGUCCUUAUGGAGGUCGACGGAGAUCACGAAGUCCAUACAGGAAGUCCCUAAGCCCGAGUCCAGAUGUCAGGCGAUCUGCACGGUCUCGCAGCAGAAGCCCCUAUUCGUCCGUCAGGCGCUCGAAUUCUCGAACCCGCCACCGCCACUCUCGCUCUCGCAGCCGCCCCUCCAGCCUCUCUCCCAGCACGCUGACCUUCAAAAGCAGCCUGGCCGCCGAGCUCAGCAAACAGAAGAAGGCCAAGGCUGCCGAGGCGGCCGCCAAAGCCAAAAGCAACAGCAAAGCGUCCACUCCCACCAAGGCCGUGGCGUCCUCCGCUCACCAGCCCAGCCCCAAGACCAACCAUGCAGCCAGGAAGGGCCGACCCCCCUCUCCACUUCCACCUGCACCAGCAGUAGCAGAGAAAGGACCGCGGACUCCCACGUCCGUCCAGCCUCAGUCGCCCUCUGACAGGUCUUCUAAGAAGAGCACGGAGCCGCCGACCAAGGAUGGAAAGGGGAAAGACGACUCUGUGCAUCGGGAUAAGAGGAAAGCAGUUGGGCCAAGCAAAGAGAAGGAACGAGUCGUUGGGUCUUUAACAUCUAGUAUUUCAGGCCUGUCAUUGCCCCAGAAUAUUCUGGACCACAUUAAUAAGGGAGAAAGCACGAAGGACGCAUCUGUCUCAGGGAAGAAGGCAGAGCGAAAGGGCCGACAACUUCUCACUGACCUGCCACUUCCGCCGGUUCUCUCAAGCCGUACGUCUUCCCCUCACAGUCCAGCCGAGGAGAAAAAGGCACUCGUGCUGCGGAGAAGGCCCAAAAUGUGCGGUCCGAGAUACGGCGAGAUCAAAGAAAUCGAGAUUGACUGGGGCAAACGCUGCGUGGACAAGUUUGAGAUCAUCGGCAUCACGGGAGAAGGCACAUACGGCCAGGUGUACAAAGCUAAAGACAAAGACACAGCGGAGAUGGUGGCUUUAAAGAAGGUGCGCCUGGACAACGAGAAGGAGGGAUUCCCCAUAACGGCCAUCAGGGAGAUUAAAAUCUUGCGACAGCUCAACCACAAGAGCAUCAUAAACAUGAAGGAGAUCGUCACCGACAAGGAGGAUGCUCUGGACUUUAAAAACGAUAAAGGAGCUUUCUACCUGGUGUUUGAGUAUAUGGACCACGAUCUGAUGGGCCUGCUGGAGUCUGGUCUGGUGCACUUCAACGAGAGCCACAUCAAGUCUUUCAUGCGGCAGCUACUUGAGGGCCUGGACUACUGCCACAAGAAGAACUUCCUGCACAGGGAUAUCAAGUGCUCAAACAUCCUGCUCAACAACAAAGGUCAAAUAAAGCUGGCAGACUUUGGUCUCGCUCGCUUGUACAAUUCUGAAGAAAGUCGACCGUACACCAACAAAGUCAUCACGCUGUGGUAUCGACCCCCUGAACUACUCUUGGGUGAAGAGCGCUACACGCCGGCCAUCGAUGUAUGGAGCUGCGGAUGCAUCCUUGGCGAAUUGUUCACAAAGAAGCCAAUAUUCCAAGCUAAUCAGGAGCUCGCCCAGUUGGAGCUUAUCAGUCGGAUAUGUGGUAGUCCGUGUCCUGCUGUGUGGCCUGACGUCAUCAAGCUUCCCUUCUUCAACACCAUGAAACCAAAGAAGCAGUACAGGCGACGACUACGGGAAGAGUUUGUCUUCAUCCCUCCGUCUGCGUUGGAUCUGUUUGACCACAUGCUGAACCUUGACCCCAGCAAGCGCUGUGCAGCUGAGCAGGCGUUGGCCAGCGACUUCCUGAAGGACGUGGAUCCAGACAAAAUGCCCCCUCCAGAUCUUCCGCUGUGGCAAGACUGUCACGAGCUGUGGAGCAAGAAGCGUCGGCGUCAGAAGCAGAUGCCAGAGGAACUGGCCGUCCCGAAGGCGCCGCGUAAGGAGCUGGGCCACGAUGACAGCCGCAGUAACACUCCUCAGGGCUUCCCGGCACCUGGAACUAUCAAAGCCCAGAAUGCAGCGGCUUCUGCACUGCUAGAUCCCAAAGGUCCAAACUCCCAGCUGACCCAGGAGCAGCUGGCAGUCUUGCUCAACUUCCUUGGCCCAGCCAACAGUGCUGUUAACUCAACCCAGUUUUUCCAGAACAUGAGUUCAAAGGUCAACCAGGAGACGCUGCAGCAGCUCUCCAAAGUCCUAGCACCCACGACCGAUGUGGCCGAGCCCGCCCCCCAGGCCCCAGCCAAGCCCCCCCAGCCCGCCGCUGUGCCAGGCGUGCCCCGCACCCCGCCAAUGCCCAAGCCUCCUUCUCCUCCUCCCCCCGCCAGUGUUCCAGAAGGAGACGCGGCGGCCGCCACCCAGACAGCCAUGACCAUGCUGCUGGCUCAGCUACUGCAGGCGCAAAGGCAGGAGGGCGGUGACAGCGGGGACGCUGUGGAGGGCAGUAACCUCACAGCAGGACAGCCCCACCUUCCUCCUGAUGUCCAACAAGCUCCAGAGUCCAGCCCAGUCUCACCAGUGCUCAAGUUAAGUGGCAUGCCCAUCCUGCCCCCUGACCAGAGACCACCUGAGCCCCCAGAGCCUCCUCCACACGCUGACCUAGACUACAGGCAGCCACCCCCCGAGCCCAAGAAUGGCCACGUCCCGCCGAUAGCAUCAGCAGGUGGCGGCGACGGCGGUCGCCCAUCUGAGCCCGACUACCAUCCCCUCCCUACCGCGGAAGGCCAUGGGUAUGGGGGUGACUUCAGCCACCCGCUGCCUCACCCCUUUACCCCUGUAGGCUUUGGGGACAGCUUCAUGGGUCACUUGUUGAGCGGAGGCCUGCCACCUCAAACUCUCAGAGAAGUGUUCAGCAGGCCGAGCCAGGCCCACCCGGAGCCCUUCCCCUUGCCAGGGACCCCCGUCACUGGACCCAGCAGCAUGGUGUUCACCGGGGACAAGGACCACCGUUUUGAAUACAGUUCUUUACCAGUGGAGGGGCAGCCCAGCAUGAGCGCCCUCCACCUGUACAACCACGCCAUGGUCAGGAAUGAUGGCGUGCCCCCUCCCCCACUCAUCCCGGCAUCACCAACACCACCACCGCCGUUUGGUUAUGUCCAUGUGAACCCAACAGCAGCCAUCAGAGGACGAGGUUUGCCCUACUAAGGAAACUGGAACAUUUUUUUGGCAGUGAACUCAGUUUAGAUGACUUGAAGCCUCUUGGACCAGGCUUGACACCUGGUCCAGUUUGGGUCCAUUGUGUCUCUCCUCCAAUGUGGAAUGUGGACUACAUUGCUGAAGGACAGCGGACUAGCUUUUCUGGCUCAGAUCGUUUUCAUAUUUUUUUGUAAUUUGUUCUACAAGUCUUUUAAAUUAAACUUUUACCUGUUUUGUUUUUCCUUGAUUGUAAUAUGAAUUGCUGAGUACACUCUUGGCCCUCCUCAGUAGUAAAAGUAUUAUGUUUUGCACUACUGACUGAAGUAGGCUCAACUCUACGGGGGGGAACACAUUGUGUGCAUUUGUCUGCACAAUAACACGCCUGACCCGUAGUCUUCUCUCUUUGGUUUUUUAACGAUUCAGUCAGAGUAUCAUGAGCACUCUGAGCUGGUGGACUAGUAGCACUUGGAGGAACAACUCUGUUCUUGACAAAGAGACAGUUUUUCUUCUUGCAAAUAGAAGAAAGUGUAAAAUGAUCAAACCCAAGUUCUUUUUUUUUUUUUUUUUGUAUUAAAAAUAUUUUGCCCUCACCCUUUUCCUCCGACAAAUGUUUAUUAAAGAAAUGCCACA